UAAGUUAUUUAAAUCACAUCAUGAUGUGGGUUCACUUGUGGGUUUUUUUUUUUUUUAUAGCUGCUGGUGUACUGACUAACAUCAACUAGCUCUCUCUCCAUACAUCUAUGCUCCAAUUCAAACAGACGUGACUGUACCGGUAAACUUUGCAUCUGUGUAAUCUCUAGUGUGGGCUACUAUCUGACAGUCAAGUGUCAGAGGGAAUGCGUUUUUUUCUCUUCAGCCGCAUUAUAUCUGCCUCCAAUUACACGACGGUCAAAUUGUUCUCUGUGCAUUUCUGAACAAACCUAUGUGUGUCUCUUUCCCCAUUAUGUAGGCUAAUGGGCACCAUGCGUCUGCGCGCAUCUGCGGCUGCAAGAUUGAAGGACGUUGGAAAAGGUGGGCGUUCCGGGGACGCGCACGUGAUGCUUGCUCUCCGUUAUAGUGGAGCGGCUGGUAAUAAGUAAAUGACCUUAUCGUGGCGGUGUAAUGUCUCACCGGUGAGGGAUUGGGGAUUUGGAGAUAAUAAAGCUUGACUUCCCCCGUUCUCCCACCACUCAGUCGCUGAUACACGCGGACACCGGCCUGAGCCCCGCACACUCCCUGCAUGUUCCACAGCGUGCGGAUGGACACCUGUAGCUGGGUAUCAUACAAAGUGGCCGCUCGGGUCCAUGUGGAGCACGUUUCUUCCACCCUGAAGUUCAGUGCAGUGCGACGGGUGAUGUCAGUUUGGUGAACUUUUUCUGUUCAGAGAGGAUCUGUAGCUAGAAUCCGCCGCUGGAGUUCAGGCUUCUGCUUAACUUGUUGUGAAAGGUAUACAAAUGCUCUCCGUUCAGCCGGACACCAAGCCAAAAGGCUGUGCCGGCUGCAACCGGAAGAUCAAGGACCGUUACCUGCUAAAGGCCCUCGAUAAGUACUGGCACGAGGACUGCCUCAAGUGUGCCUGCUGUGACUGCAGGUUGGGUGAGGUGGGCUCCACACUCUACACCAAAGCAAACCUUAUUCUGUGCCGGAGAGACUACCUAAGGUUGUUUGGUGUGACAGGGAACUGUGCAGCUUGCAGCAAACUAAUUCCAGCCUUCGAGAUGGUCAUGAGGGCCAAGGAGAAUGUCUACCACCUGGACUGCUUCGCAUGCCAGCUCUGCAAUCAGAGGUUUUGUGUGGGAGACAAGUUUUUCCUGAAGAACAACAUGAUCCUGUGCCAGUCAGACUAUGAGGAGGGGCUAAUGAAGGAGGGCUACGCUCCCCAGGUCCGCUGACCCUCGUGGACCAACAGGGAGGAGAGGGAGGAGGAGUAGAAGAAACAGAGAGACAAAAGGAGAGCUUUUAAACACGCAACAAAAACACUAUUGCCUCCUGUUCUGCUCCACCCCCAACAUGUACAUAACUAAGCAAGCCUCUUGUGGAGGGGACACACUGCUGUAAAGAAUAGCCAUAGAGAUGCCAGUGUGGCAGGGAUAGGCCCUGGAAGCCUACAACAAACUGCGAGUAUGGAAAAAAUAGUUUGUCAAUUUCUUUGUUUGUGACUUUCAGAUGCUGCCUCUUUUCCUCCUGGCCAUCAAAUGUCUGCAAUUUCUAACCAUCAGCUGAUCAUUGAUUAUGAAAGAAAAAAAAAUAACCCACA